AUGAACACAGCUGUUGGCUCAAAUCCAUUUACCAUCAGCCCUCCCAUGUCGUUCGAAAACUUUAAGAAAGAUUACGACUCUUGGUUGAAAGAAUCCGGUGAGCGCGAGACCAGACUUCGUACUCAAGGCCAGCAUGCAGACGAGCUUCCUCGCCAAAGCUGUCUGUAUAGAGAGACUGAAAUGGAGAAGCUCUCAGCGUCAGAGACUGACGAUUUAUGUGCAUUCCUAAAUCACGAAUCUAUAGAGGCUCAACGGCGGCACAUGACGGCUACGCAGCCUACCUUUGGAACACUCCAAGCGAUGCCAAUGUUCUACCUCUGUCACAGCGGCUACUCGCCGAUUCACUUAGAGACGCAGCAACCAUUCAGCAAUCGUGGCUUGCUUUGGAGAGCUGCCUUUGAGGAUCUCAUCAGGAUCACUCAUGAUAUACCCGUGCUUUCAAACCCAAUUCAGGCUUCGAGCGGUCGAGAAGAUCCUCAUAUUUGGGUCCAAACCAUGACUCGAAUUGCCGAAGCCGAUCAGACUCGGCGGAACGUACUAACACAGCGAAGUCAAGUUAAGCAGGACGCCCAUUCCACUAUGUAUGGAACUGCGCACGGUACUACUUAUGCUUCAGAUCGCUCUGAUGGCUCAAUCCAUAAACCCGGCGCCAGUGCCAGUGCUAGUGAAACUGAUCUCUUCCACAGCUUGUUAAGACUAAUAAGAGGUGUUCCUACUACAAGUGUGCGAGAAGAUUUAUCGAGACAGAUAGAACGAAUUCAAAGGCCCAAUGCAGAAGACGUGGAAGGUGCUCGUGCAGAUUAUGCUUACGACGACGAUGAUGACGAUGAUGAUGACGAUGAAGACGGAGAUGAAGAUAGAGUCGACGACAGCUUUGAAAACGAGGACGGCGAAGAUCUCGAUAAGUGUGACACGGAGCUAGAAUUGAUUGAGAGAUGUGCCGAGAGGGGUUUUCUACCAUGCAAAAGGUCGCAUGCCCACUCUUUUGCUCCUCGCCACGAAGACAGCGCCACUUCGUCGCAAGCCGCUAUUAUGCCCAGCGUCUUGUCUACCCUCACAACUCGCGAGACGAUUAGACAGCCAGAUGGGACCAUAAUAUCCCGGAUCGUGCUUAAGGAACGUUUCGCAGACGGCCAAGAGAAAAGCACCGAGACUGUUCACCGACAAAAUGCAAUACCACCGUCACCCGAGCCAUCCUUAAUCGAAGCAGCCAGGCCGCAAGAAUGUCCCCAAAAAGAUAUUCAGAAUAAGAAGACCAGAGGUAGGAGCGGCUGGUUCUGGAACUAA